UGCCAUGGGUAAUCUGAGCUGAGAUGAAAUGGUAAAAAUUUCCCCUCUGCAGCCUGAGUAACAUGACAAAGUUAUAAAGUUACAGAACCUGAAGGUGACUGAAGAAAAACUACACCUCCAUGAAAACCUGAAAGAAAACAUCACACAUGACGUGAGGAACCGAACCCCACUUGACAGAAUUCUUAAAUGUUUUCCUUACUUCCUUCUCAAGGUCCAUCUAGAAGAAGUUGGGCAUUUGGGGACAUCAUUGAGGCUACGGCGGGGAUGGAAAUUUCCAUUAGACGGUUUGAGUGUUUGACUACGUUGAAAGCAACACUUCGCCACUGGAAUUGAAAUCAAUGACGCAAUUCAUGAGGUACGCAUAAUACAACCAACAAAAACACAAGUAUAAAUAUGAAAUUUGCAAACUUGAUAGAAAUUCAUAACCAGAACAAUCAAUUCCAGACAGAAAAAAGAAAAACAAGAAACCCUUUGCAAGUCAUCAACCAUGCUAGAGCUUGAGUUUACGCUUUCAUCAUGCCUUCUCUUCAUCCUCCUCCCUGUUACCAUUUUAUUCGUAGUCAUUAAAACUGGAGGUAACUCUUCUUCGUCGAAGUUACCAAAGUCUUACCCAUUGGUUGGUUCUACUUUCGCUAUUCGUGCGAAUGAAAACAGAAAUAACCAAUGGAUUGCAGAUGUACUUCACCGUUGUUCCACGGGAACUUAUGUUGCUUCUCGAGGUUUACUAGGUCCUGCUCAAAUUUGGACUGCAAAUCCUGAAAAUGUGAAGCACAUUCUCAAGACCCAAUUCUCUGUCUACCCAAAAGGUGGAAUGUCUAUAAGCAUUCUCAAAGAUUUCCUGGGCAAUGGUAUAUUCAAUACUAAUGGGGAUACCUGGAAGUUUCAGAGGCAGAUAUCAAGCCAUGAAUUCAACACUAAAUCUCUCCGAAAGUUCAUCGAAGAUGUUGUUAAGACCGAGGUUUUUGAGCGGCUAGUUCCCAUUCUGUCAACAACAGCAGAGCAAAACUCAGUUCUGGAUCUUCAAGAUAUUCUUCAAAGGUUUGCUUUUGACAACAUUUGCAAAAUCUCUUUUGGGUACGAUCCUGCAUACCUUUCACCUUCACUCCACAAGACUGAAUUCGCUACUGCGUUUGAAGAGGCUACCGAGAUUAGUGGCAGACGUUUCCGUUCUGUGAUCCCAUUUGUAUGGAAGAUUAAUAGAUUUCUCAACAUUGGGUCAGAGAAGAAACUCAAGCAAGCUACUUCGAAGGUUCGAGAAUAUGCAAGAAAGCUAAUUAUUCAAAAGAAAGAUAACAAAGACAGGUCUUCACUAGAGGCUACUGAUCUUCUCUCAAGAUUCUUAAGAGAUGAGCAGUUAGACGAUGAUUUUGUGAUCGAUAUUGUUAUAAGCUUCAUCUUAGCAGGUCAGGACACUACUUCAGCAGCUUUAACAUGGUUUUUCUGGUUGAUUUCCUGCAACCCCAAGGUAGAAGAAGAGAUAAUGAAAGAGAUAAACCAAGCAUCAGAAGAACCUGGUUACGACGAUAUCAAAGACAUGGCUUACAUCCAUGCAUCGAUUUGCGAGAGCAUGAGGUUGUAUCCACCAGUCCCAGCUGACGGUAAAGAAGCAGCAAGCGACGAUAUUUUACCAGACGGAACUACUAUAAAGAAGGGAAUGACUGUGACAUAUUCUCCUUACGCAAUGGGUAGGAUGGAAAAUUUGUGGGGUUCAAACUGGAACGAAUUCAAGCCCGAAAGAUGGUUAGAGAUUGAUAAAACAACUGGAAAAUUACACUUCGUGGCCAAGGACUCGUACAUAUAUCCAGUGUUUCAGGCAGGACCUAGGAUUUGCUUGGGCAAAGAAAUGGCGUUCUUGCAAAUGAAGAUGUUGGUAGUUGAAAUUUUACGCCGGUUUCGAGUUGUUCCUGCAGAAGGAGACGAUUUUGAACCUGUUUUCAUUUCUUACUUGACCUCGAAAAUGAGAGGUGGUUUUCCAGUGAAGAUUCAACACAGGAACUGAAGACAGACACUGAUAAUUAUAUGGAUUUGUGGUUGUAUUAAGUUGAGUAUUUAUGUUGCAGUGUUCUAGUCUAGCUGUCUAGGGGCAUCAUUGGAUGACUUUAUUUUAGUCUGUUAUUGUUUCUACUUUCUAAUAUAAAUAGAAUUGGAUCCAUAAACCCCAGAUGGAUAGUAAACAGAAAUCUAUCAAGAAACUUGUAAACAAGAACUAGAAAUCCUUGUCAAAAACGGAAAACCGGUCUCCAGGUUUGAGAUGUUCUAAGUUUCUCAUCUUGUAUCUUAUAUACAUAAGGGUAACAUCAUACGUAUUUCCAAUCAACAGAGAUAAUCUUACAUCGGUUUAAUGGCA